ACCUUAUAUUGACUGAUCAUCCCGUGGAAUUAGAACAUUCGGUAAUCGAAGCUGUAGCCAUGUGGAGUGUUUGGGUUACCAUAUUACUAACAAUGCUCUCCUGGACAAUUCCUCCCCUCAAGGCAGCCAAGUGCAAGGCAGCGCCCAAGUCUGUUCAGAACGUACAGAUCUGUUGUCCCGCUCCCAUGCCCAACUGGGGCGUCUACAACAGUGAGUGCCGCGACUCCGGACAGCAGCCAAGCUGCCGCCUGGCCUGCAUAUUCAAUGCUAGCGCGGCCUUGCAAGGCUUCCGACUGAGGCUCCCCCGUGUGCGACCCAUGCUGGAGCGAGCCUUCAGCCACCACCCCACCAUCGAUGCCUACGCCGCGAACUUUGGCAACUGCUCCUCGUUGGUGUACAGCAAGUACCAGGAGCUGACCGGAGUGAGUCGCCAGAGCGAUGCCUGCGACAGACACGCCCUCUUCUACAGUCUGUGCGCCUACUUCCGGCUGAUGCAACACUGUCCCCCAGGGCUGUGGCAGCGCAACAAUAAGAUGUGCCAGGAGGCACGCUCUUACACGAGGAACUGCUUCUGGCCGGCAUUCAAAAGAUUCAUGAACAACACCUGAAUAAAGUCGCGGACAGUG